AUGAGGAAUCUUAUUGUCCUUAAUAAAGGGAAAUUGAGACCUACAGGAUCUCCCUACCAGGAAGUGGACCCCGAGAUAUCCUUCAAGCUCCUGAGCAGCGCGUUCGAUACGCUCACAGACAGCAUAACGUGUGUUACUGGUGCUCUGGAGAUAGGGGUAGUCGAAGUUACGCAGUUUCUGAAACAUGGUGCGAAAAAUGUACUUGCGUCGAUCAAUAUUGACACUUUCGAUGACGAACUGUUGAGUUUUGUUCACUUUGCCGAUCUAAACCAGGUGGUGCUCGUUUUCAAGCAAGGGGACAUCAUAUCUGCGACUUACGAUCCGGCAAGAUAUGAUCCAAAUGAGAGUGUUGUUGAGAUUGUUGGGACAAUAGAUAACGGGAUCGAAGCGGCAGAGUGGUCGCCUGAUGAAGAGACACUGGCGCUGGUGACGUGUGACCGUAAGGUUGUGCUACUCAGCAAGCUCUUUGAGCCUAUCGCGGAAGCUUCACUGGCGGUUGAUGAUUUGAAAAAGUCUAAGCAUGUAACAGUCGGCUGGGGAAAGAAGGAAACGCAGUUUAGGGGCAAAGGUGCAAGAGCCGUGGAAAGAGAAGCACUGGCGAGUUUGAAGGCUUCAGGACUCAUCGACAAUCAGCUCAGAGAUCCUACAAUGCCCUAUAUGGUCGACACAGGUGCGAUUACAUCUAUGGAUACGCAUGCUGUGAAUAUAUCAUGGAGGGGAGAUUGCGAAUACUUUGCUGUUUCGACGGUCGAAACGGUUAGAACCGAAGAAAAGUCUUCAGAGGUACAAAGGAGAGCCAUUAGGGUUUAUACGCGUGACGGACAGCUCGACAGUGCGUCUGAACCCGUCGACGGUAUGGAACAUGGUCUCAGCUGGAAACCGCAAGGAUCUCUUAUUGCCUCGAUAAAGCGUGUAGCGCACCUCGAGAAUGAGCAGGCCCUGGAGUUAAUUUUCUUCGAAAGAAACGGUCUGAGACAUGGCGAGUUCGACACAAGACUGCCUGUGGACGAAGAGAUCAAGAGUCUCGCAUGGAACUGCAACUCAGAAGUGCUUACUAUUGUGCUGAAAGAUAGGAUUCAGUUGUGGACCACCAAGAAUUAUCACUGGUAUCUCAAGCAAGAGGUCUAUGCCAAUAACGUCAGCUUCGUUAAGUGGCAUAUGGAGAAGGACUUCACUUUGAUGUUUGGCGAUGGGGACGAGGUGAACAUUGUGGACUUUGCUUAUAAAAUGACUCAAGGUCCCACAUUGGAACCAAAUGACAAUGGUAUGUCACUAGUUAUCGACGGGAAGUCAGUUGGUAUUACACCUCUGAAAAUUGCCAAUGUGCCUCCUCCGAUGUCUUAUAGGGAAUUUUGCGCACCGGAUAACAUCAUAGAUGUCGCAGUUAGUCUUCUCAACGAAAACUAUGCCGCACUACAUCGGAACGGCCUAAGUCUGGCGUCUAUUUCUAAUCUGAAAGAUAUGAGAAAAGGAAAACACCCCACCGUAGUUUGCGAGCUGCAAAAGUCGGAGUUUGCGAGUGAACUCGAUUCGCUGCGACAAGUGGCGUUCAUCAACGAUAAUAUCAUCGGCGUUCUGUUGGAUUCAGAUAAUCUCUCACGCAUAGCUUUGAUCGACACUGAGGACAUAACUCAACCACGAAUUUCAUGUAUCGUGGAUACUUACGAUAGGGUUGUUCUCCUGCGAAGCAGCUUCGACUAUAAUCAUCUGGUUUACGAAACUCGUGAUGGCACAGUUAUGAAAGUUGAUGCAGCAGGUCAAUUAGAGCAAAUCUCGAGAUUUCCACAACUUGUUCGUGACUUCAGAGUGAAAAGAGUUCAUAAUGUUCCAAAGCUUGAAUCUACUGCAUGGGAAUCUGAAAGUUCUGAAAUGGUGGCAUUUGGUAUAACGAGCAGUGGAAAGCUCUAUGCUAAUGAUACCCAAUUGGCUUCAGCUGUAACGUCGAUAGAAAUAACAGACAGUUUCCUUCUUUUCACAACCGCCCAGCAUAAUUUGCAAUUCGUGCAUUUGAACAGCCUGGAGUUCAAGCCUGUUCCCUUAACGGAGGAAGGAGUAGUUGAUGAACGGAUAAGAGCCAUCGAGAGAGGAUCCACACUAGUUUCCGUGAUACCUUCGAGCUCAGCUGUUAUUCUUCAGGCACCUCGUGGAAAUUUGGAGACCAUUUAUCCCCGAAUCAUGGUGUUAUCGCAGGUUCGAAAAGACAUUCUAGCUAAGCGCUACAAAGAAGCAUUUGUUUGUUGCAGAACUCACAGAAUAAGCUUAGACAUUCUACAUGAUUACGCGCCGGAACUGUUCUACGCCAACUUAACCACCUUCAUUGAUCAGGUGGAACGUGUUGACUACUUGAACUUUUUCAUAUCUUGUCUCUGUGAAGAAGAUGUGACUGAAACGAAGUACAAGGACACUUCAAGUUCAAGCAUGUCAAAACCUUUCGAAUUGGAGCCGGCGCCUCUCACUGAAAUGCAAGAAUAUAUGAAAAAGAAAAUGUUUGAUCCCUCCAAAUCUAAAGUGAACAGGAUUUGCCAAGCUGUGUUAAAGGUACUUUUAAGCAACUCGACCUACCGUGAAAAAUACCUUCAAACAAUCAUUACCGCCUAUGCUUUUCAAAAACCACAAAAUCUCGAGGACGCUUUGAGACUCAUUGCCUCAUUAGAUAAUGAUGAGACCAAGGAAUCGGCGGUUACGUAUUUGUGUUUCUUACAGGAUGCAAAUGUUGUCUACAAGGCAGCUUUGUCUCUCUAUGAUGUGCAAUUAGCUGUCUCUGUUGCUCAAAAAUCACAAAUGGAUCCACGUGAAUAUCUGCCAUUUCUACAAAGCUUGUAUGAUAAUAAACCUUUGCGUCGCCAGUUCCUAAUUGAUGACUAUCUCAAGAACUUCACGAAAGCCUUGGACCACUUGGCCAACAUUGAUGAGGCAGCGGAAGAUGUUUCGGAAGAAACAAUUGCGUAUGUUAAGAACCAUGAUUUAUAUGAGCAUGCGUUAGCUUUGUAUCGCUAUGACACUAAAAAGCAAAACACAAUUUACAACAUCUACGCUAAGGACCUUUCAUCUAAGCAGGAAUACUACGAUGCUGGUAUAAUAUACGAGAUGUUGGGCAAACAACGAAAUGCUAUGGAAUGCUACACUUCGGCUAAGAAAUGGGAAGAGGCAAUGGCAAUAGCCGCUACGCAUUUCCCAGAUGAAGUGAAUACGCUUGCUGAAGAGCUAAUUUCCUCUCUAACUUUUGAGCAUAGAUAUGCAGAAACGGCUGUCAUUCAGCUCGAGUUCAUGGGAAACAUCGAAAAUGCUAUGAGAGAUUACUGUCUAGCGUACCAAUACGACACGGCGUGUCUGAUAGCAGCGAAGAGAGGAAAACCAGAACUGAUAGCUAAAGUAGUGGAUCCCGGCUUGGGCGAAGGUUUUGGUGUCAUUGCUGAGCUCCUAGCAGACUGCGAAAGUCAAAUCAACUCGCAAUUGCGAAGAUUGAGGGAGCUCCGCACCAAGAAAGAGGAGGACCCAUAUGGGUUCUAUGGCCAAGAAGCACCACAGGAAGAUGACGUUUCAAUUGCACCCUCCGAGACCUCUACACAAGAGUCAUUUUUCACCAAAUAUACGGGUAAAACCAGCGGUACAGCGAAGACUGGUGCAUCCCGUCGUACUGCCAAGAACAAGCGUCGCGAAGAGCGUAAAAGAGCCAGAGGAAAGAAGGGUACCAUAUAUGAAGAGGAGUAUCUUGUCAAAUCAAUCGGAAGACUGAUCGACAGAUUGGAUCAAACAAGACCGGAUGCUAUUAGACUUAUCAACGGCCUAUGCAGGCGUUCCAUGAAGGAACAGGCACAUCAAAUCCAGAAGAAUUUUGUCGAUUUGACUCAAUUGCUGAAGGACAAUAUCAAAGAGAUCUACACGAUCAGCGAGAAAGAUCGCGAAAGGGUAGACGAGAACGGAGAAAUAUACUACAUCCCCGAGAUUCCAACCCCGGAGAUCGCGCCGUUCCCUGUCAGUAAAGUCGUGAACUUCUGA